GUCAGCCAGUCCUCUUCUUCCUCCUCUCUCUCUUUCUCUCUCCCUCUCCCUCUCUCUCUCUCUCUAUUUCAUUCCCACCAGGAUGGAUCUACCCUCAUAGCACAAGUCUACUUCAGCAGUUGGCAACUUGUUUCCUCGCUCAGAAGUGAAGCAGGAGCUGAAACACACGUUUCUCCUCCACCUCUGACAAGGAUUUGUUUCCCACCUCCGCGCAUCAGCCCCGGCUGUCGGGAGACCUACAGCGAUGACACCAACCUGGCUCCAUCCACGCGUUCUGCUCCUGCUCUGCCUCGUCUCCGGCACAGCGGGCAAUAUGUUUUCGUUCACCGAGGAGCCCUCUGACAGAGUCGGGAAGGCGGACGGCUACUGUAGUCGGAUAUUACGGGCUCAGGGCAAUCGGAAAGAGGACAACAACGAGUUUCGCCUGCGCGUUGAAGGAGACCCCGAGAGCUACCAGCCGGGGAGCACAUACGGAGUGACUGUGAGCGCAUCCAGCCCCUCCUACUUCAGAGGGUUCAUCCUUAUAGCCCUGAAGGAGGGCACAGUAGGAGACAGGGACGAGGACUACGUUGGAAAUUUCCAGAUAAUUGAUGAGGAGGAAACACAAUUCAUGACUAACUGCCCCCCUGCAGUGACAGAGAGCACUCCCCGCAGACGCACCAGCAUCCAGGUGUUUUGGACGGCUCCCUCGAGUGGCUCCGGCUGUGUCCUCCUCAAAGCCAGCAUUGUGCAGAAGAGGAUAAUCAACUUCCAGGAUGAAGGCCCACUAACCAAGCGGAUGUGUGUGAAAGAAUCCCAGUACGGAGAUUCCACAGAUAGACCUCUGCUCGACUGCUGUGCCUGCGGAACAGCAAAGUACAGAGUCACCUUCUUUGGGAACUGGUCGGAGAAGAUUCAUCCCAAAGACUAUCCCCGUCGUGCCAAUCACUGGUCAGCCAUAAUCGGUUCGUCCCACUCUAAGAAUUAUGUGCUGUGGGAGUACGGUGGCCUUGCCAGUGGUGGAGUUAAGCAGAUAGCUGAGCUGGGCUCCCCCGUCAAAAUGGAGGAGGAGAUCAGACAGAAGGGUGAUGAUGUCCUGACAGUCAUUAAAAUGAAAGCACAGUGGCCGGCCUGGCAACCAUUAAAUAUACGGGCUGCUCCUUCAGCUGAAUUCUCAGUGGACCGGACCCGUCACCUCAUGUCCUUCCUGACCAUGCUGGGGCCCAGUCCGGACUGGAAUGUGGGUCUGUCUGCUGAAGACCUGUGCACCAAGGAGUGUGGUUGGUCCCAGAAGGUGGUCCAGGACCUGAUCCCCUGGGAUGCAGGCACUGACAGUGGUGUGACAUAUGAGUCUCCCAACAAGCUCACUGUUCCUCCGAAUAAGAUCCGUCCGCUGACCAGUCUGGAUCAUCCACAGAGCCCGUUUUAUGAUCCUGAGGGGGGCGCUAUCACUCCUGUGGCCAGGGUGGUGAUCGAACGCAUUGCAAGAAAGGGUGAACAGUGCAACAUUGUGCCGGACAAUGUGGACGACAUUGUAGCAGAUAUUGCCCAGGAGGAGAAAGAGGAAGAUGAUACUCCUGAGACGUGCAUCUACUCCAACUGGUCUCCAUGGUCUGCCUGCAGCUCGGCUACUUGUGAAAAGGGCAAGCGGAUGAGGCAGAGGAUGCUGAAGGCCCAGUUGGACCUCAGUGUUUCCUGCCCACACACUCAGGAUUUUGAGCCUUGCAUGGGUCCCGGAUGCAGUGAUGAGGAUUCGUCCACCUGCAUGAUGUCCGAGUGGCUCAGCUGGUCCCCGUGCAGCUUGUCCUGCGGAAUGGGCACACAUACCAGGGAGCGUUACGUCAAACAGUUUCCCGAUGACGGCUCACUCUGCACGCUGCCCACAGACGAAACUGACAACUGUGUGGUCAAUGAGGAAUGCUCUCCCAGCAGUUGCCUGGUCACAGAGUGGGGCGAGUGGGACUUCUGCAGUGCCACUUGUGGUCUCGGCAAGAAGAGGAGAGAGCGCAGGGUGAAGAUUCCUCCUCAAGAUGGUUCCAUUUGUGGGGCAGAGGUGCUCGAGGUGGAGAACUGCAUGAUGCCAGAAUGUCACACAAUCCCCUGCAUGCUGACUCCAUGGUCUGACUGGAGCGACUGCAGUGUGACGUGCGGCAAGGGGCUGAGGACGAGACUGCGCGUGCUCAAGUCCCCCGUGGAACUGGGAGAGUGCACGGAGGAUCUAGAACAGGUGGAGAAGUGCAUGCUGCCAGAGUGUCCCAUAGACUGCGUCAUGUCGGAGUGGACCGACUGGUCCGAGUGCAACAAGUCCUGUGGGAAGGGUCAUACCAUCCGCACACGCAUCUUGAAGCUGGAGCCACAGUUUGGAGGAGACUCGUGUCAGGAAACUAUCCAGAGGAAGAAGUGUAAGAUCAGGAAGUGCAGCCGAGGACAAGCCAACAGCGACGAGAAGAAACAACGCAAGGAACAGCGUGAGAAGAGGAGGAGCAAACAGGGCCGAGUCGAGACCACCUCGGAUCAUCCAGGUUGUAAAAUGAGGCCGUGGUCGAGCUGGACAGAAUGUACCAAGCUGUGUGGCGGCGGUAUUCAGGAACGGCUCAUGACGGUGAAGCAGAGGUUUAAGACGGCCCAGCUGACCAGCUGCAAGGACAGGAAGGAGAUCAGGGCUUGUAACGUGCACCCCUGCUAGGAAGGAGUAGGGGAUCAGGGUUGGUGUGG